UUAAUUACUUAAUUUCAGAAGCGGCGUUAGGUAUCCGGCACGUACAAUGUGUGAUGCUGUUCUUCGCGAUGCUGUUGGCCUACGGCAUGAGAGUGAAUAUGAGCAUGGCUAUUGUCGCCAUGACAGACUCUUCAGUGGAAAACACAUUCGACUGGGAUAUACAGAUUCAGAGCGUGAUUUUGUCUUCUUUCUUCUGGGGCUAUGUGAUUCUUCAGGUGCCUGGCGGCCUCCUUGCUGAAAAGGUCGGCGGCAGUCUCCUUAUCGGCAUUAGCAUUGGAGCCAACUCCAUCAUCUCUCUCAUUCUGCCAACUGCUGCAGUUUACGGUGGUUGGUACGCAGUAUGCGCCUGUCGGGUGCUGCAAGGUUUAACGCAAGGAUUCAUUUUUCCAAGCAUGCACAACCUUAUCGGAAAAUGGGUGCCGCUAGAAGAAAAAAGUCGUCUAGCGACAUUCAUUUACGCAGAAAAGGCGCUGGCUUAG